AGCAACACAUUGUAGUAAGCAGUCUACAAAUUUCUCCGGAAAUUUUUCCCCUCUGCCUGCUUUAAAGACGUUUUAUUCAAAGGUCAUCAUGAAGGCUUUGUUGUUCAAACUUCUGAUCAUCUGCCUGCUGGGAGCCCUGCAUGCAAAACCAGAAGAGAUGGCUGAAGACGAGCAGAACCUGAGGAAGAGGUACGCUGAGUCUACCAUCGCCAGUGAAUUCAGCAAAAUCAUGGAUUCAAUGGUGCAGAAAAACUUUAUCAAGUUCCUGCUCAGCCAAAGGCAGAAGAAAACCAAGCCCGCUGAUGCUGGGAAGGCUUUAGAGGAACAUCAGUACAACGACUUGCUGAAGCUCAGCCUGCAGGAGAAGCAGGGGAGAAACAUUUAGGUUGUGAGGAUCCAGAAGGAUGCAGUGGCACUGUGGAGACAUCAUCUCAACUCUUCUUCAUCUUUAACUCUGUGAUGGACAAUC